CUGGCUCAGUGACUGCCUGACUGGUGCAGUAAGCAUCCUGCGAGGAACCGAACGAGACGAGACGAGACGAGACGAAACGACGCCGGCUCGCUGUGUUGUGCGUAAAUCAAUUGAGCCUGAUUUGCGGGCUUAGAGACUAACGGAUAAGAGGUAGAGGAAAGGUGGUAGUAGUAGUAUUAGCAGCACGCCCGGAUUGUAUACUUGCGAAAAGAAAGCGAGAGGGAGAAAAAGAGAGAGAGAGCGAGAGAGAGAGAGAGCAGCUGCGGUCACGGCCACGUUAUUAUUUAACGCGAUUUUUCUUUUUUCAUAUGUAAAACGAAAACCGCCUCUGGUGACGGCGACUUAUUAUCGACUCGACUCUCUUCCCGCUUCAGUUUACUCAUCGAUAAUGCAACAGCGAUCUUGUCGCACGAAACCUCGAGUUGUUACUACGAUGUGACACGGAACUUUGGUGAUCGACCGCGUGUCUAUCUAUCUAUCUGACAGAGUGAAACGGUUUUCGGUUUUCGUGUUUGUUUGUGUUUGUUUGUUUGGUUCUUUUUUUUGUGACUGUGUCCUCUGUGUGUGUGCGUCGCUUGAACAUAUCGACGACUAAGUAAAACUUACGAAAAAUAAAAAUAAACGAAAACUAAUCGCGGAUACACACGCACACCUUAGCGUUGUUAUUAUGACAACUUCGGAGUGCUGCAACAGCUGCGACGAGGUCGCCAUCGGUUUUCCGUAGCCGAGGGGUGAAUGUUGAUUAAAAAGAAGAGCAUCGUUGCUCCGUUCACUUCGUUCAAUUCAUUCCGACGCGUAUUAAUCGCUUGUUUAUACUCUCUCUUCGUCAUCAUUGCCGGGGAAUUUUCGCGGUCGCUUAAAAGUGCGAGAACGGACAUUAAUAUCGCGAGACAAAUAAUAAUAAAUUACAACGCUCGAAAAGAAUAAAAUUUUACGCCUUACCAAAGGAGCGCGCGUAGAGCACAAGUACCACGUGUCCAAAUCAUCGUCGUUCUCUUGUUUUCGAUUCGGAUGAAAACACGCGGCUGUAUUUGGACCGAGGAACGGCGGUUCCGGAACUUGAAAUAAACAAGCGAAAAUCUGAGCUUCGCUCGAGUCGAAUCUGAGUAAACGGUGUAACCGAAAAGUGCGGGAAAUUUGAAAUGGCGCCUAGAAGGCACGCCAACGGUCACGGAGGGCUGCUCGAGGGCGGCGGAAACGAGCUUGCGGACAUGGUGGCGAACGGAAACGGUCACCAGCCUCACAACAACAACAAUAACAACAACAACAACAACGGAACAGCCCUAUCAACUACCCGCUGCUGUGCUCCGAGCGGCGAGUGUCUCAGAGGCGAUUCGCCGAUCCGGAUGGGCCUUCUUCAAGAGGCGGUGAAGGUCACCUGCAACAACGAGAGCUGUCCAGUCGGCCAGUUUAUGCACAGAGAAUGCUUCGAGGCUUGGGAACAGACGGUGCUGACCUACCUGAAGGGCUGCGGACGCGCGAGGAGCUGGUCGGAAAGACAGCGACACCAAAACCUCUGGACCAAAAAGGGCUACGAUUUGGCCUUCAAGGCUUGCGGUUGCCGAUGCGGCAGAGGUCACCUCAAAAAGGACCUCGACUGGAUGCCACCCGGAUUGGGAUCCGCCGUCGGGCAGCGGCCCGAAGACGCCGAGGCGAAGAAAAAGAAGCGUCGCAACAGGCAGAACACCAGGCCUUCCCUUGCCAUUUCUGCGGGACCUCCGGGACACCCGGGGCCUCAUGGUGGGCCCGUCAAUAGGUCCUCCGAGGUGCAGAUGAUCGAAUCGAGUCGCGGAAGGGCCGGAUCCUUGUCCUCCAGCACCGGGUCCAGCUCUCCUCCUGCCACCAGUGAACCCUCCGUCAGUCCUCUUCAUCAGCCGCAGUCCAGUUCCAAGAAGAAGAACAAGGUCGAUUUCUUCAGCGAUCGGGCUAGGCAAAGCUGCGGAGCGAAUGGAAUCUUCUCAAGACGUCUCGACUUCAGAGCUUUCAACAGCCUACCGAGGACCAAACUCAACUCCUAUCACAUCAAGAUGGAGGACGAGGGUAAUCACGGCAACGACGAUACGAGGUGCUUCAUCCUAUCGACAUUGGCUGCACUCCAGUGGUCCAGGGUAUCUUGCGUUCUCUGCAGGGCUGCUAUGCUCGUUUUUGAUAGGUAUCCACUCGUCGAUGGAACCUUCUUUCUGUCGCCGAGGCAACACUCGAUUUCCUGUGCCGAGGUUAAGGUCGAGGGUCGCACACAAUUCUUGUCUGCUGUUUGCAUGAGCUGCCUCGAAGGUAGCGGCGGGGCUCCGGUUCGUUGUCGUAGCUGCACCCAACCAUGGGACGGUUCAAGUCUGGUACUUGGAACGAUGUACAGCUACGACAUAUUCGCUGCGAUGCCAUGUUGCACCGAACGCAUCAAGUGCAAUAGCUGCCAGAAGCCACUGCUCCUGCCACAUCAGCGGCUGAACUUCUACUCGGACUACAGUCGCGUCUUUGCUUGCCCGCAUUGUCGAGCAUUAGACGCUCACUUCGUGAAGCCGCUUUCCGCCUGCUACACUCGCGAGCAGUUUCAGCUCUAUAGCCAAUGGCCGUAACAGGUGGAGUGUAUAGCGCAACGUUUGAUCACUGCAAGACCAGCCCCGGUCUCUCUGCAACCGCUGCUCUCUUUGCUGCAGGCGAUACUCUAGAGUCCGUCUUUCCGUCGUAUGUCUUACGGUGUCCGUUGACGUCCUGCGUUUUUUGAAUAGAUGUAAAGGAAAAAAAAAAAAAAAAAAAGAAAACUGAACAAACAAACAAAAACUAACCAACAAUAAGGAAGAAGUAAGCAAAAAAAUAAACUCGCGUUUUCUCAAUUGACGAGAUAACAAAAACGGCCGGUGGUCGAUGGAAGAUGAAGACUCAGGGUACCAACCGUCGAUUUGGUUCAGGAUGUAUCCCUGUAACGAGUCUUCGGUUAUUUUGAGAAAAUUUUACAUCUCUUUUAUUUUCACGUUGGGGUUUUUCUUCGUCACCUUCGGGGCAGCUGUAUUGAAGUAUCCGCACGAUAAGAUUAUGGGACGAGUGGCGAUGGUCUGGGGAGGGAGGUGAAAAAUCAACUACACACGUAUAACAAUAUAAUCAUUUUUCUUUUUUUUUUUUCCCACCCCUGUAAAACAGCUAUACGACACAGGAAGAAAAAAAUUACACACAUCUAUAUAUAUAUAUAUACAUAUAUAUAUACACGCAUAUAUAUUAAAUACA